AUGAGACAAGGGAAUCCACUAAAAGAUAAGGGCAACACUGUUCUAAUAACAAUAGUAGACAUAGAAGACCCAAACAUGGAAAAGGGUAUACAGAAAAGAAUUAAAACAAGGUACCCCGAAAUAGAGUACAUAGAAGAAGAUGUGGGAAUAAUUGAACAACAGUACAAAAUAAAAACAAAAGGCCAAAUUGAGACGAUAAAGAAAAAAAUAAUAAAGAUCUGCUACGGACAAAUGGAAAAAGACUUCUUCGAAAACCUCAAAAGUCUGAAAGACGAUGUAAAAGACGAUGAGUGGGUGGCCUGCCAUACAAUAAAAAGGAAAAAACCAGAAGAUCUAAGAAAGUUAAUGGAAUGUAUAUUCCAUGGCACGAAAACCAAAGUGGCGAUAUACGAAAAAGAAGAUUUAAAUACGGCAAAGAGGUCGAGUAGAAUGACGUAUGCUUUCGUUGUUGAAAACAAAGAGAAAACUUUCACGGAAACUUUGAAAGAAGUGAAAGAGAAGCUCCAAAGAGAAGGAAUUGAAGAGGGAAUCAAAACCAUAAAAAGUACCAAAGACGGCAAGCUGUUGAUGAUUACGGAAAGAGACAAUAUGAAGGCUGGGAAAAUCAGAGAGGCAAUAAUAAAAAAUAGCCAAGAUAUGAAAAUGAAGCAACUGAAAGACGGAGACACAGAGACAAUCCAUAUAAGGGGCAUGGAUGCACUAGUAGACAAACAAGAAAUAGAGAAAGCAAUCAAAGAUAUUGUCGGAGAAACGAAAAAUAACCUAAAGAUGGGCGAACUCAGGCCCAUGAGAGACGAGACCAGAGCGAUUACGAUACGAAUAGAAAAAAAGAGUGCUGAAGUAUUAUUGAGACAGAAGAAUAUAAAAAUUGCACUCACCAGAUGUGAGCUCGAAAAAAGAAUAGAGAUGCAGAAGUGCUAUAGAUGCUGGGAGUUUGGUCACCCGGGCAAGAGUUGCUCUGGACCUGAUAGAGGAAGGAUGUGUUUCAGGUGUGGGAAAGAAGGACACCCAGCAAAGAGUUGUCCAAACGAAGAGUAUUGCCCAAUAUGCAAAAAGAGCGGACACAGCACAGGGUCUGGAAGGUGUAACGAAUUCAGGAAAGAACUGAACAUUCGAAGGAAACAAGAGAGACUAAGACAAAAAACAAAUUGGGAAAGUGCGGACAGAAGUAAUAAAGAAACUCAGUUCCAAAGAAUAGUUACCAAGGAGGAGCAAAAGAACGGGGGAGAUAAAGACAAUGCAGAAGAGAUGCAAACCGGUAAUUAA